AUGCCGAAAAAGAAAACAGGUCAGAGGAAAAAGGCUGAGAAGCAACGCGAGCUGCAGAAGAAAAUUAGAAGUGGAGAGAGAUCAUUAGCAGAGCAUCCAUGCAACAUACAAAUGGUAUGA